AUGAAACGCUCUCCGGGUAUUUACCCAUUACCAGCGGUUAUCUCCACGAAAACAAUGUGCGUCAAGUCAUCGACAAGUGGCUAUGGAAGGGAAUACCGCCCGUGCUCAUUGGGGCCGAGAGAUGAAAAGAACGAGACGAAGGCUCGGAGUGCAACUCCCCUGGAAGCGUAUCAGAAAAUCGAUCCGGGUGCCACGAAAGCGAACUUCGACGCACUUGUGCUUGACUGUGAAGGAUGCGCUGUUGAUUUUUUGCGGGCAUACUUGACGGAUGGGCAACUCGGUCCUGAUGUGCGUUACAUUUCAGUUGAAGUGCAUUCAAUUUACAACGAGAACGUGGAGGACUUGGAGAAAAUUUUGACGCCGCGCGGCUACGUCUUGCAGGCAACAGUCGGACGAGAUCGAUUCUACUCCCGAUCGCACUGACUCAAUAAAUUGUUCAACACUUCUCGCGCUACACUGAAUUGUAUCCGCGGCUGUCCUGUACCUGCUCGCCCGAAUUCUUCUGCUCCUUCUUACCUACUGUCUGGCGAGGGCUGCAGCUGUUCUGUAUUCGCAAUGUUCUCACCUGAAGCGUGGCUGAGAUUCUACGAUUAUCAGAAAACUUUAAGUUAUACGUACUAAGCACACGCAGCAUAAUAUUUAGCCAGCUGUCUCCAGAUAGUUUGCAACGCGCCGACGUGUAGCUAAGUACAUGUCCUACAUGUGUGUGACACGUUCCUCCGGUGCGCGCGCGGCGCGCGCACCAGCAAAUUUUAAAUGUGUCAAAUUUCAAAACGUGCGCGAUGCGCGCCCGCGCAUCGCGCGUCUCGAAAUAUGCUUUCGCUUUUGUGUACAAAUGUGGAUCCGUACGCGCGCCCAAAAAAAAUUUUUUCUGCUAUAUACGAAUGUCGGCUCGCGCGCACUGCGCCGUCAAAACAGAAACUGCUUACAUGCACCAAAAAGGGGGCGGACAUUGGCGUGCAUGUCCUACAUGGCGUACAUAUGCUACAUGUAGCCUAUGCUACGUGGAGCAUAUGCUACGUGGAGCAGAUGCUGCACGAUGAGUGGGAAAACAGGUGCGCCAGUAGCAGGGGGAACGGCGCGCCCGGAACAAAAAAAAGGAGGAGCGGGGUACGGGAAGGGGGAAUAGUGCGCCCAGCGCAGCUUUACGUUUUUAGUGGCGGUAUCACGUUUUGACAUUUUUCUUUUUGGAAUCACGUUUACUCAUGGAAUCACGUUAAUGGAAUCACGUUUGCGACGGAAUCGCGUCUGUCUAAUCGAGUUGAGAGAGUGAAACAACUCAGACGCCGAAAUGCCCACAACGUACUUAAACGAACGCCGGGCGGGCCCAGGGGUCCGCCGGGACCAAUGACGCGCCCCGCCAGCCAAGCAGCUGGCCAGCGGGAGCCAGGAAAACCCCAGGGAAGCGGCAGAACAACCGCGCAGGAGGGCAGGGCGCGGGGUCGCCACCUUCCAAGAACGGGCCGAGGGAAGAGCCGCCGCCGGCCGGCCGGCCGGCCGGCCGGCCGGCGGCGGCUGCCCUGGCCGACGACCAGAAACCCCAAACCCUAGACCCUAAACCCAAGCCCAGACACUGCUAAGCUGAUUCCAUCAACUUGAUUCCGCUCUAAACGUGAUUCCACAAACGUGACUCCAACUUGAAAACGUGACCCCGCUUCCAACCUUUAGUAAUUUAGUAGACGCUUAUGCUGAAGAAAGUGCAGACUUCUAUUACUAUUUCAAGUUGCCCGAUUGUAGGAGGUAUGCAUGUAGUCGAGCGAACCGCGGAGGCGCUUCGGCGCCCCUUCUAUCCCAGCUGCAAAAAUAGGAAACGCAAACAAUAUACGAAAACCAGCACCGGACCGCUCAAAUAUAUGCUCCGAGGAAGUUGACACACAAAAGCGCAGUCGCGCUUCUUGAUCUUGACCGCGUCGGUUUUGUUUUCCAAGGAAGAGGAACCAAGAAGACGAAGAGGAAGAAGCCUUCUGCAAAAAGGAAUUUAGAAGCACGCCAACAAAUCGCCGCAGAGACACGCAGCGCUACCACAUGAUGUGUAUCUCUACCUCUUUUUAUUUUUCGGAAUUGGUACCUAGACUGAGGCGUAGCCCGUUCUGUUUGGUCUGGUGGAUGUUCGCGCGCGUCAGCGGUCUCGACGCAUCGGCUCGCUGGACAUAUUGAGUGGCCCACACGCUGGAGCAGUGAGUCGGCUCAGACACUGAGACGCAGCUGCAUGCUGCCAGGGAUGGCAUGUUGACAGUCGUCACGAUGGAAGACGCCGCUACUAGGCCACUUCGCUCUAUUCUCGUGGUUCUUUUUUCUGCCCACCAUGCGCCUGUGCCUCUUCUCUCGUGAGCCGGGCUUCCUGGCCUCCAUCGCGGCGUCAGGCUUUCGCACGGUUUUAGUCUUGCCGCGGCGCGCGUGCAGGUGCUGUCGCGGCAACAUACCGCCGCCCUUCCAAGGGUAUAAUCUAGCGCAAACCUCAAGAGCCAAAGCAAGGCUAUCUAUCUAUGCUAUGCUCUAUGGGUGAGGCCCACUGCCCGCCCCGCCACCUCUGAAGGGCGCGCGCGUUGUGUGUCAGCGUUUUCGUCAGCACCUGCUGCGCAAUCGCGAUAAUUUGGCAGCAACUCCUCGCACGGCCAUGGUAUUGGGUUUUCAUUUUUUGUAGUUACCUUCUGAGAAUUGCACCACAGUAUGUGGGAGGCUUUUACCGCUCACCUUGAGAAGCGCACACGUCAUUCAUUUUUUGUAGUUUCCAGUCUAAGAAAGUAGUAGAAAGAAGUAUUUAGUGCGAAGCUUCAAGAGCA